AUGGACGACAUGCUGUCCGACCUCUACGCUAUUCCCUCUCCCGAGCAGCUCGACAUUCGCAAAGCCAGUAUCAUUAGUACGGAUAGUUAUACUGAUGAAAAGCACGAUUUCUUCCCGCUAGGCUUGAAGCAGAAGGAGCCCAACUUCGGACUGCUCUUCGACAUUGACGGUGUUCUUUUGCGUGGAUCCACCCCAAUUCCAGAGGCCAUCCUGGCCAUGGAUCUGCUGAAGGGACGCAAUGGCAAACUCCGGGUUCCGAUCGCCUUCGUCACCAACGCUUGCGGCGACGCCCAGGCAAAGGUUGACCAGCUAUCGUCCAUUUUUAAAAUUGACCUCGAACCCGAGCAAGUGAUCUUCGCUCCCAGCCCCUUCCAAAGCUUCAUGCACUGGCACGACAAGCGCGUGCUGGUAGUUGGCCAGGGGGACAUGAAGGCGAUCGCCGAGGGUCUCGGCUUCACGUGCGUCUACACGAUGGAGCAAGUCGCCGAGGCCUACCCUCUCCUCGACAUGGUGAACCACGACAACCGAAAGACUGUGGCUAAAGGAUACAAAGAGAACAAUGACUUUCCUCAAAUUGAAGCUAUUGUGCUGAUGGGCGAGCCUAUUCAAUGGGAAAUGUACUUACAGCUUCUCAUAGACCUGUUAUUGACCAAUGGAAAGCCCGACCACAAACCCGACGUGAUGCCAAAGAGCCACCUGCCAGUUUUAGCCUGCAACAUGGAUCUCUUGUUCAUGGCACAGGCCUGUAUGCCCAGGUUCGGACAUGGAGCAUUUCUUGUCUGCUUGGAAUCACUAUACGAGCGAGUCACGGGCUACCCAUUGAAAUACACAGCCCUGGUUGGCAAGCCAAGCGAAAUUACUUACCGGUUUUCCGAGCAUAUUCUGAGCAAAACUGCCAAACGCAUGGGCAUCACACGGCCUCUAAGGAAGAUUUACUUCUUUGGAGACAACCCGGAAGUGGAUAUCUUAGGCGCUAACUUAUACAACAUGUACCUCCGCCGCUAUCGACGGUUGUCGGGAGGGCGCGAAGUCUCGGCCCCGGAACAGGGGCAACUUGACAAAAAGGCUGCUGUCGCUUCGUCGCGCACCGUGCCUCCGGAUGCCGCUUUUCUUCCGCAAACUGCGCGCGGAGUUGAAUCUAUUCUCGUACAAACCGGUGUUUACAAGCCUGGUGAUCGUGAACUACGGCGUUCGAAGCCUCUGCACUGUCACCGCGACUUUACAGGGGCUACAGAUCUCAUAUUGCCCAGUUUCGAAGCCACAAAUGUGCUAGAGGGAAUUAAACUUCUACUUGUCGAAGAAUACUUCGAUCCUAAACUACCGUAA